AUGGACAAGACAAAAAUCAACUAUCUUUUAGAAGGAGAAGUUUUAGUAAAAGGGAAGACUUUUGGACUUUGGCAACCAAAAAAAUACAUUAUAGAUCAAGAACUUAGAAUAUUUUCAAUAAAAAGUUCAAAAUAAAAUAAAAAUUACCAUCUUGCAAAUUAUUAAGUAAAAAUUAUUCUCGCUCUUUAUAGAUAGCAAAUGUUGAAAGAAAGAAUAAUAGAUUUCAAUUUGAAUUAGUUUCAACAAUCAAUGAAAAGAAUAUAUUAAUGGGAUCAGAGAAUGAGAAAUUCGCUAAUGAGCUAAUGUUAUACUUAAAAAAAAUGUGUGGAUAAUAACCCCGUAGUUAAAGUUUAUUUGAACCUAGUUUAUCAUCAAAAUCAGUUUGUAAAAUUAAUUUAAUUAAUUGUAGCAACCCUUCGAGAUUAUGACUAUGAAAUUCCAUAAUUUUUUGAAAUGCAAGAAAUUCGAAAUGCGUAUAUUUAUAUAUAUUAAUUUAGUAUUCAAAAUAUAAGAUCUAAAUCUUACUAAUUAGAGUAAUAUGAGCUAAUUUAAAAUCAAGUAGUGAAAGUUUAUCGCAAUAAAAAUAAUUAACUCAAUUUUAAAGUAUUCCUUACAUUACCAGGAAAUUGUAUUAAUCUUCUUUUUAUAAAUUAGGUUUAAUCAAAUGCUAAACAUAAUUGUUUCAAACUUAGUUAGAUUGGAAUAUUUAUAAUUUAAAAGAAUAUACAUAAAUCUAAGAAUUCAAAUCAGAAAAAUCAUAAAUGAUAACAGAAAUAAGAUUAAUCAAAAAUUGGUUUUAGUUUAAAAGAGAAUUCACAUAUUUAAGACAUGUUGUCGAAUUUAAAAAAAAAGAAAAUAUUAAAAUUAUUAUUGAAAAAAAAGCUGAUCUUAAAAUACAUUAAGGUACUGUUUCAGGAAUAUUAAAAUUUGCUGUUUGGGGUUUUUUUUAUGAAAAUAACUAAACAAAUAUUGUAUUAUUUACAGAAUAGAGUUAUAAUGGUUUAGCUUUUAAUGAAGAAGAUUCUAUUCUCUCAUAAUAAUACUUUUUAUAAUAUGAAAAUAUGAUAAAACCUCAAAAAGUAGAUUUUGAUAAAUAGCAAAUUUAAGAUUAAUGUUCAAACAUUAAUCCUAAUAAUAGUCCUUAAAAUGAAUAAUCAAACUAAAAACAUAAAAUUUAAAAUAGAUAAGAAGGAAAAAAGAAUUCGUUUAAAAUGGAAUAACCUGUAGAUAUACCUAAAUAGAUAGGUUAAAAUCAAAUUAUUUAAUAAUAGCCUAUUAUUGUAUCAGCACCAUUAUAAGGUCCAAAUUAAGUAAUUUAAAAUUAAUUACCAUUACAAAUACCUAUUUCAUCUAAAAAUACUUAAAAUAUUCCAUCAAUAGGAAAUUUAAAAGAAGAGGAUUAAUAAGUUUAAUAGUAGACAAAUAAUAGGAAAUAAUCAGAAAAGUUAAAUGAAUUAAAUCAAGUAGUAGGAAAAUGUGAUUAAAAUAAUUUAUCUUAAGGUACUUUAGAAUAACAGAAAUAAAAAAAAACAUCUAGUUCUUAAGAAUCUUCUUAAGUUAUUGGAAAUAACAUUUCAUCAAAUAUUAUAUUUUAAUAACCAAAAAUAGAAGAUGAUUGUGAAUAAGAUGAACCUUAACUUGAAAAUGAAAGAUCAGAAGGAAAUAUCACAGAAUUUUAUGAUUGUGAAGAUGAUAUAGAUGCUAUGAAUGAUAAAUUAUUUAUAGGAUAAUCAGAUUAAUAAACAAAUGAUGCUGAUUAAAGUGUGAUGGAUGUGAGAAAUUCAAUAACUUAAAGAUAACAUUAGGGUAAAAUCAAUUAAAUUUAAAGUUAAAGUGAUACAAUAUAAAAUAUAGAGAAUUGGGUAGAAAAAAAGAUGUAGGCUUAUUUUAGUGGGAAAUAUUGUCAAAUAGCAAUUGAUAUAUAACAUAUUUUGAAUCCAUUAGAAUCAGAUAUAAAUGUAUAUAUAAUUUGUUAUAAAUUAAAAUAAGAAUAGAAAAUAUAUGAGAGAGUAAGAAGGAGGACAUUAUAUAUUUAGAAAAGAUUUUUAAAGAGAUGAAAAGAAUGGUGGACUUAAGUGUAUAAAUGAAGUAAAAGUAAAUGCAUAAAAGAGUGUAGUUAAAUUUUUAUUGGCUAGAAUAGGUAUAAAUUGAUAUAAAUUAUAAAGGAACUUCGUUAUUAAUGGGAAGAUCACUAACAAGUAUUUCUAUGCCAGUAACUAUUUUUGAAUCUAGAUCAAAUACUGAAAGAGCUUGUAGUUCUUUAGCUUUUGCUCCUGUAUUUCUGGAUGAUGCUGCAAUAUCUAAAGAUAAAUUUCAUAGAAUUAAAUAAUGUGCAGCAUUUUCAUUUGGUUUUAUAUUUUCAUAUUUAUCAAUGGAGAAAGUAAUAUUAAUAAAUACUAUUUAUAAGCCAUUCAAUCCUAUUUUAGGAGAAACAUUUUAAGGAUAUUUUGAUAAUUGUCCUAUAUAUUGUGAAUAAAUCAGUCAUCAUCCUCCAAUAUGUAUAAUUUAAUAUUAUGGUCGAAAAUAUAAGUAUUUAUUUUAUAUUUUAUAAUUAGAAUUGAUGCACGUUUAGAAUUAGUAGCUAAUUUUCAUUCUAAUUCUGUUGUUGGAAGAAAUGUUGGUGAAGUCAAAGUAAUAUUUGAAAAUCCUCCUUAAGAAAUUAUUAUUCUUCUAGCUCCAGGUUGUAUAUAUGGAACUACAUUUGGUGAUAAAUCUAUGGACUUUUUAGAAAAAUAAUUUCUUUUUGAUUUAGAUAACAAAUGGGUAAUGGAAUGUGCAUUUAAACCAGAAAAAAAAUAUUGUUAAUAUUUUAAUAUAGAGUAUCUUCCAUAUUCAGAUUAUGUUGCUGGAGGUGUAUUUGAAGUUACUGAUUAAGCUAUUGGUAGAUAUUUAAGAGAAGGUUAUAGAAAAUAUAAAGGUUUAGAUUUCAAAACUGAAGUUAAAUCCAUCAAAAGUGUUAUUAAAGGAGUUUGGAAUCAAGAAUUAAAAGUAAUUAUUAUUCUAUAUCUAGUUUGAUAAUUAAAGAUUGAUUUCUAUUAUGUAUGAUUUCCCAAUCAAAUUAGAAUUGGCUUAAUAUCCAUUACCAUCUGAUGCUAAUUUUAGAAUGGAUGUUUUAAUGUGGAAAUUAAGAGAUUUUGAUUAAGCAUAAUAAUGGAAAGAAAGGCUUGAAAUAUUUCAAAGGUAAGAUAGAAAAUUAAGAGAAUCUUUAGGACCGAAAAAAAAAAAAAAAUGA